CCUCUGUAUACAUUCUUCAUAAUGUCAAGACCUAAUCAAGGUUCUUCAAGACCCUUAGGGAUCUCACCUAAACCUUCCACAACUCCGGGCGGUGCACCAUCCGUCACCAUCCCACGUCGAAGUGCCGGAGCUUUACCAGGUAUAGCUCGUACUGCUUCUUCACUCCGACAAGGAUCACCUAUCAAUCCUUCUGGCUCUUCACUAGCAUCCCUUCCUGCUCACUUGAGAAAUCUUUCCGCACCCAAAAUUCCUUCACCCUUAGGAAAAGGUACUCCUGCCCGACAACUGAAGCAAUCCUUACCCGUCCGAACGUCAAAGACGACCGAAAGACAUGUGUUCCUUCCGGAAGAUCCACAACUGGCACCUCUACCUAUCAGUCCCAUGGGUAGUCGGACCGAUCUUGCCCCUCCACGAAGAGCCAGUACAUCGUCAUCUGCCAGUUCUUCCGCACAGAGCGGUCGCGAAAAUAGAAAUAGCUUUGGACCUGGCUUCACAGCGCCUCAUUCAUACCACGAUGAACGCUCAGAUGCUGAGAAAAUGACCAAGAGAGAAAGAGACGAAAAUCAUCUCCCUCGUUUGACAGCUUAUAAUACUGCCGAUGGCUAUCGAUUAAAACUUUUGCAAGCCUUUCUCAAACGGGAACAUGGGGUCGGUGUAGUUCGUGUUUUCGAUGAUUGCAUCUAUGCUGUAUAUAAUCUUCCUCUACUUCCCGGUUAUGGCGCUAGCACCAAACUUCGAUCUUCUCCCGCCCUGGGUUCUCCCGGUGGCGUAUCUCUAUUGGAACGCAUGACUCUCGCCGAGGAUCUGGGUUAUAACGAUUCCUACUUUCCUGUCGAGGAGAACUCGCAUAAUCACGGACAUGUACAUGGACAAUCUCACGAUCCCUCGGAGUAUAUCUUAAGUAAUUCACCACCUCACAUAUCUCCAGAUGGCCUCAGAGGGUCAUUGGGAAUGCAUUUGGGAGACGGGCGUCAAUUGGAGGACGGUGAAAGUCAUAUAGACUCCAAUGUGUCUACCGCGGAAGAGAUAUCUGGUCAUGGUGAGGAUAUCUCAUCGCCUUCGGAGGAAGAGGAAAUAGUAACUGGAACACGCAUGUCACCAGAACAUCCUGGUUAUUUGGAACAUAUCCCAUCAGAAGCUCUCUCCCCAAACGAUCUGAAUCCAGAUCCAGCGGAAGUGUCGGUUUCUGAGAACAGAAGAGAUCAACAAUUGCAAGUCAGAGUACAAGACUUCGUUCAUACGGAAUACCAAAGACCGCGAUAUCCAAAACCGCAAAUGAGGAGAAGACGGAAAUCAGCAUUGACAUUAGCAGGGAAAGUCGCAGAGGCUGUUUUCUUCAGUUAUGGUGUCAGCGUGUUCUUCGGGUUUCAAGAAGGUGAGGAGAGGGAGAUUAUGGAGGAUUGUGAGACUGCUGGAGCUUGGCUGAGAGGUCAGAAAGAGGAGGAUUGGGAAGUGGAGGAGUUUCAUUAUGUUUACGAUCCGGACGCAGAGUUUCCUCGGAUCUAUAAUGACAUGUUUACUUUUAAAUCUCAUUCACACUUGUUCAAACUCUCCAUAGCACAUGCAGUUGCACAAUCAACAAAAUUAUCAAUCUACGAAGGCGUCAUGCAAGAGUCUCUUUCACUCACUUCUUCCUUUCCGAAAGAAUUGUCGACAACCGGACAUCUACAAUUGGGUAGAAGAGAUGCUCUGAAGAUGACUGGAAGGUUGUUCAAGCUUCGUAUGGAUGUUAAUCUCAUUGGAGGGAUAUUGGACACACCCGAACUUUUCUGGAGUGAAGCAUCACUUUUCCCAUUAUACGAAGCUAUAAGAGAGUAUCUUGAAAUUGGUCCACGUGUACAAGUGCUUAAUGAUCGUUUGGCCGUUGCUGGUGAUUUACUCGAAAUCAUACAUGAAUACAUAGAAGAAAGAGCUACACAUAGGAUUACAUGGAUUAUAAUUUGGCUCAUCCUGGUGGCGUGUGUAGUGGAGGUUGGAGAAGUAGUUGCUCGAUUAAUCUUUCACGCAUUACAACAAAAGUCCGGCCCAUUGUUAGUAGUCAAAGGUUCCAAAGCUUUCAUUUCAGCUAUAAAACCCAAAGCUGUGUUAUAAUCAAUCGUCACAUAUCCAACCUCUCGUCGAAUGAUAGUUGAUCCGUUACAGCCAGUGAUUCAAAGGGGGGAGAUGAGGAUGUGCUUGAAUUAUUUAUGAUCAUGAUAAUUGCAACUUCGUCAUAUUCAUGCAUUGCAUUCAGACC